UCCUCCUGCGGGGAGGAUGGAGACACAGCGCGAGCACCCGGCGUGCGGAGCGGACGAGGCCGUGGCGGCCCAGAGCCAGCACAGGAGCCGAGCGCACUGCCCGUCCGCCGCCGGCCGCUAGGGGAGGGGAAGGAAAAAGGGACGGACCGACGGACCGGUCGGCUCGUCCCCCUCCGGGGUGGUUCCUCAGCGCCCGGGUCCGAGCCCGGGCCCCGCCUCCGCCGCGCCCCACCUCCUCCGCGGGCCUGCGGCGGCGGCGGCGCUCCGCCCCUCGAGCCGAGAGGGCCGCGCUCUCCGCCCCGCCCCGCCCCGCCCCGCCCCCUCUCCUGCUCGGCUGCCGUGCUCGCCUCACGCCGGCGGCGCGGACCGGGAAGCGGCGCCCUCGCCUGCGCUCGGUUCGGAGCCCGCUCCGUGGAGUCGAGAGGCAGCGACGGGCGCCAGGCCGCCCGGGCCGACGGAGGCAGCCGCCGAGGGGAGUGUAAGGAGGCAGCGGCAGCCCCGGGAAUGUGAGGCGGCGCGGAGCGGGAGAGACGAGCCGGGGUGGGGGCACGAGCCGCGGCUGCCGUGCCUCGGACGAGCCGCCAGCCUCUCGCCUCAGCGCGCGGCCGCCGGGAGCUUGGGGGCUGGGUGCAGGGGACCGCGCGGGGCUGGCUUCUCUGAUUCAUUCAUUCUCCGCCGUCGGGAGCCCGAGGCCGCGGGUGCUGCGAGGAGAGGCGGGAAGAGGGGGCGGCCGCGAGCGGGGCUCCAUUGUGCUCGGCGGGGGCCGGGAAGCCGAGGGAGGUGGGCACGGGCGCCCUGCGCUGCUCCCCGGCGGCUGCGCCCCCAGCUAGCCGCCAGCCUGGAAAUGGCUCCGCUGCUGCUCCUUGGGCGAACGAAUCGAUCCUUCCCAGCCUUCUCUGCCUGCUCUCCACCUCCUCUCUGCUCCGAGUCUUAGGAGGACGAACAUUGAAAGGACAGAUUCCAAUGUGGUGUGCCGUGCACAUCGGGAGCGGCUGGGGUUUGCACUUCGAGAUUUCUUCUAUAUAAUUUUUUUUUUUUUUAACGUAAGGGAGGCAGUAGCAUUGCUGCCUGUAGGAUUUUUAUUCAAGUGCACGUCGCGUUGGGUUGCACGCUCCACCCCCCAGGGACCUGGUGUGGUGAAAUUUGAACCCACCGCCUUAGCCUAAAAGGCCGAGUAACCUGGCUGCCUCAGUGUCGUGGAAGACGUGAGCGAAAUGACCAGCGAACUCAUUUUUUUAUCAGACUCGCUGAAGCUGGCUUUUGCGGUUUUCUACACGUACGCUUAAUUUUGUGGAAUAGUUAAGUGCUAUAUUCUCCGCGCAACCUUUUCAAAUUCCAAAUGUUUGAACGUUUUGGUGUCAGCGCGAGUGAAAUCAUUUUACCGACAAGAACUAACUGAAUUGUCUGCCUCGUUGAGUUGCCUCCGGAAAAGAUCUCGGGGGUGGAAAAGCAACUGCAAAAUAACAGACGGAGAAAAUUCCUUGGAAGUUAUUUCUGUAGCAUAAGAACAGAAACUUCAGAGCAAGUUUUCAUUGGGCAAAAUGGGGGAGCAACCUAUCUUCAGCACUCGAGCUCAUGUCUUCCAGAUUGACCCAAACACAAAGAAGAACUGGGUACCCACCAGCAAGCAUGCAGUUACUGUAUCUUAUUUUUAUGACAGCACAAGAAAUGUGUAUAGGAUAAUCAGUUUAGAUGGCUCAAAGGCAAUAAUAAAUAGCACCAUCACUCCAAACAUGACAUUUACUAAAACAUCUCAAAAGUUUGGUCAAUGGGCUGAUAGCCGGGCAAACACUGUUUAUGGAUUGGGAUUCUCCUCUGAGCAUCAUCUUUCAAAAUUCGCAGAGAAGUUUCAGGAAUUUAAAGAAGCUGCUCGGCUUGCAAAGGAGAAGUCGCAGGAGAAGAUGGAACUGACCAGUACCCCUUCACAGGAAUCAGCAGGAGGAGAUCUUCAGUCUCCUUUAACACCAGAAAGUAUCAAUGGGACAGACGAUGAGAGAACACCCGAUGUGACACAGAACUCAGAGCCAAGGGCUGAGCCAACUCAGAAUGCAUUGCCAUUUUCACAUAGUGCUGGGGAUCGAACCCAGGCCCUCUCUCAUGCUAGUUCAGCCAUCAGCAAACACUGGGAGGCCGAGCUAGCUACUCUCAAAGGCAACAAUGCCAAGCUCACUGCAGCCCUGCUGGAGUCCACUGCCAAUGUGAAGCAGUGGAAGCAACAGCUUGCUGCGUACCAAGAGGAAGCAGAGCGGCUGCACAAGCGGGUCACUGAGCUGGAGUGUGUUAGUAGUCAAGCAAAUGCUGUGCACAGUCACAAGACAGAGCUGAACCAGACAGUGCAGGAACUGGAAGAGACACUGAAAGUAAAGGAAGAGGAAAUAGAAAGAUUAAAACAAGAAAUCGAUAAUGCCAGAGAACUCCAAGAACAGAGGGACUCUUUGACUCAAAAACUACAGGAAGUUGAAAUUCGAAAUAAAGACCUGGAGGGGCAGCUGUCUGACCUAGAACAGCGCCUGGAGAAGAGCCAGAAGGAACAAGAGGCUUUCCGCAGUGACCUGAAGGCACUCUUAGAAAUUCUGGAUGGAAAAAUAUUUGAACUAACAGAAUUACGAGAUAAUUUGGCCAAGCUACUGGAAUGCAGCUAAAGAGAGUGAAAUUUCAGUGCCAAUAGAUGGAGAGAUGCUGUCUGUGCCAAUAGAUGAAGAGAUGCUGUCUGUCUUCCUAGGACUGUUUGGGCUCCGUACCAAGAUUGCACAAAAUUUUUUGAAUAUCAUUCCUCCAGGAGGAGGGUGUUUUGAAAAUUGGAAUUGUAUAUUUCAGUAUAAAUUUUAGAAUUUAGCUUAUAACUAGUUGGGGAAAAAAAAGACAUGAAAAACUUGAACUACAAAUUACCUCCAUAUAUAUUGGCCAUAGUUAACCAGAAAGUUAUAAGUAGACACUUUAAUGCAAUCUUUUCCCCCUGAUAUUAGCCAAUGGGAGAAUUAACAAUGUCUGGGUCCCUUCUCUUUUUGUUCAACACAGUGAAGAUUAUCUGCUUUUUAAAUUUAUUUAUGAUAUCUACAGCUGUGUUUUGUGCAAAAACUUAGUAAUGGAAGCCCUGUCUUUGUUGUUAUCAGAAUAAUUUCUCAGGAUAUUUUUUCGCUGCUGAGAAAGGGCCAUUACCAAUUAAUCCUUGCCAGGAGUUGGGGAGCUAUGCCUCUAAUUGGGACUCGCUAUCAGUGAGUGUCUGGAGUUCUUCCCUUUUUGUGCUGGGAGUGCUUUCACUCUAGUGACUGCUCUGGCACACUCUGCUAUCUCCAGUCUUGUCUGUUGUAUAGUUUACUUUCCAUAUUGAUUCCAUGUAUUUAUGAGAAGAUACUGUCUCCCAUUUUAUUAUACAUUUUAAAGCCAGCUAAACAAAGGCAGCUGAGUCCCUCAGAUAUCUUUCUUUUUAAAUUUAUAGUAAAUUUGACACACAGAACUGAAAUACAACAGUCCAUCCUUGACGGUUUAGUCUAGCAAUGUUAAGUAUACUUACAGAAAAUAUGCAGUUACAUUUAUUUAUAUAUUUGGCAAGAAAUCUUUUCUGAGUGAUCAAUGCAUUUCAAUUUAUGAAAAAUAAUGGUUAGGGGGCACUGUUUAUUAUAGAUAAUUUUAAGGUAUAUAACUGUUUUCAAGGACGGCCACUUCCACCUAGCAGCCAAGCAGAGGACUGUAUCUAAAUUGUGACUGUGGCAGGUGGGUCUUCACAGAAACCAUGUCUGUAUUCAAACUUCACAAGGCAAUAUUUUGAACUGUUAACUAGGCAUUUCAAAAUAGGAAAUACCUUCAACAGGCUCUUCUCCAAGAGCAGGUUUUACUGUUGUUUUGAUGUAAUUUUAAGACAUUUAGCAAACAUGCAUUUCUUUAUAUGAUACAUUUCUUUCACAAAACAAUUUAAAAGUAAGCCAAGUGCUGUCUGCUCUGCGAGUAGGAAUUGCAUCAGAAUACGUAUAUCUUGCUGUAUAAUGCCUGUGAUAAUGAAGAGGGUUCUUUUUAGUGUAUGCUCGAGUACCUAACUCUGGAGUCAAUGAAUGCACUGAAUUUUUUUUUUUUGUUUGUACCCCAAAUGAAUUGUUAAAUACAAAUUAAGCAGAUUAACCCAUUUUUUCCACUCAAACAGAAUCUUUAGUACGAGUUUUGUUUUAUAUUUAUGUGUAUGUAUGUAAAUACAUACAUAUUAAUUUAUAUUAGAGUUAAAAAUAAAUUGUUUGUUUCUAAAGAUAGUUUCUACAAUAAGGUGUCUCUGACACAUGUGUAUCAGACACUGGACCACCAUGUAUUCUCUGUGCUAUUCCAUCAUGCCUGUCACCUCCAUCAACCUUAGGGUAUUUUCCUUACCUGUCUAUUAUAGAAAGAAUCAUUUAGGUACACAUGCUCAGAGCUGAGAUACUUCUCUGAUAAAUCAGGUAAUAAAAUUUAUUUGAUGGAUAGAAUUUUGAAAACAUAUGAUUUUAUCUAUGAGUUUCUGAAUAUCAAAGAAUACCAGGUUUUCAUUUAAAUAGAGGACUAACACUAGGGAUCAGGGGAUUUAGUUAUGAAGAGUUUAAAAAAAAUCUUAAAAAAAAACACAAUAUAAGCUGUUGAUAUGGUAAGCGAAUUAUUUUAAUGAUGUAAUAAAAUAUUUUUAAAUUUU